AAAGAAUAUCAUAUAAAGAUACCAUCGAAGAUUGGUCUAGUGAUCAAUGAGAGUCUUAUUUUUUAUAAAGAAUUUAGAGGAAAUUGAUUCAAUCCAUAUUGACCACCUAUUUACCACCUAUUUGAGAUUGAUGGGGACUUAUUCAUGAUAUAAUCAAAUAUAAUUAAUCAGAAAUAUAUAUUAUUGUUAAUAGUCUGACUACAAGAAUGAAAUUGUUUAUCAACCAAGAUGAAGAGGAUACAUUUCUUGCCAACUAAAUUAUCCACCAAUACCAUUUGUAAUAUUCCAUGUCAUCAUAGCUAGAACAUGGAUGAGAAUGGAAAAUGUGACAAAACAUUGAGGACCAAUCAUAAAUUUAGCUUGUUGAUUCUAAUCCUUAAAAAAAUUCAUGAUAAAAAAAGAGUAAUAUAGUGGAAUGAAUAUAUUUAUAACACUGUCCCAAACAUAAAAAUCAUUCUAAUCUACGGUCUACACAAAUCAUAAACCUUCCAGUAAGUUGGAGAAAAACAUCACAAGAAGCAGUUCUGUUCUAUUGUUGGGUAAAGAAAAAACUCACAGCACAGCUCCCACAGUAAUGUUUAUUCCCAUUGAAACAACCAGCUAGAAAGAGACAUAUAAUUCUCACAUUCUUUCUUCUGUUGCCAUAUCAAAGAACACAAACAAAAGCACUUUUUGAGUCCCUACUGGAUCAGAAAACUUCCAGAUUCAUUGAGAGAGGAGUUCAAAAGGAAGGCCAAUGACAAGUGUCUUAACACGUGUACCUAUGAGAAAGCAUGCAAGACAGUUGGUCCACACGUGUCUGAUAUGCAAAGCUUAGUGAUUCUUUAUAUGUCUAUUUAAUACAAGCUUUGGUUGUUACAGGAAUGUAUUAAAAGCUUUGCCUUAUCUGCUUUCUUGUUUGGGUUUGUAAUAAUAUCAUCAUCUUUGAAGGUGUAUCUUGGUGUUUUUUUGGGGGAAGAGAGAGAGAGAAAGAGAGAGAAAGAUGGCUCAAACUAUGGGAAGGAACAUGGCAGCUCCAUUGCUGUUUAUCAACUUGAUUAUGUAUUUGAUUCUCAUAGGUUUUGCUAGUUGGUGUCUUAAUAGAUACAUCAAUGGCACAACCUACCAUCCUAGUAUGGGAGGGAACGGAGCGACUCCGUUUUUCUUGACAUUUGCAAUGCUGACGGCAGUUCUGGGAGUGGCAUCAAAACUGGCCGGACUCUACCAUAUCAGAGCUUGGAGGAGCGACAGCCUCGCCGGAGCGGGAUCAACUUCCUUGCUCACUUGGGCUGUAACUGUUCUGGCUUUCGGCUUGGCCUGUAAGCAAAUCAACAUAGGAGGUCACAGAGGGUGGAGGCUGAGAGUGGUGGAAGCUUUCAUAAUAAUCUUGACUUUCACUCAGCUUCUGUAUCUGCUCUUGCUCCACGCCGGAAUCUUCAGCCGCCGCUACGGCCCUGGUUAUUGGGACACCGACUACGGCAUGGGCGGAGGAACAGCGGCUCCCGGUGAACCUCCCAAGGGAACUGCCGGAACCAGGGUGGUCUAGAAUAGAUGGUUGUGUAUGAUCAGUGGGUGGGUUUGUUUCUCUUGUUUUGUUUUUCUGUGUAAGAACAUAGUUUCUGGGUCUGUCAAUUUGCUUCAAAACCGUAAAUGUAGGAUGUUUAAUAAGGGAUUGGGAUCUUUCACAUAGAAACAAGGAUGUGUGAUUUCAUAUUUUUGCUAUGUUUUAGCAAGGCAAAUCCAUCAUCAUCGUUUGACCAA